UGCCCGGGUGAGGACGAAGCGCCAUAGCCACGGUAGUCGUGGUGACAAGAACCCAGCAACGAGAAUCAACAACAACAACAACCCGAUUCAUUGAAAAAAGCGUAUUAAAUCAAAAGUACCGCUGGAAAAGUCACUCGGAAUAAGAGUCCAAUGGCAACUCCAGCUUAUGUGAGGGAGCUGCAGCAGCCCUCCCAGCCUCAGAGGGGCGUUGUGACUUCAACAACAGUGCAGACUGCCACCGUGACGGCAGCUCCCCAACAGUUCCUGGCUGAACUUCAGACUACCGGGGCUUCCGCUGCAGCAGCCCCGCCUGCCGGCCAGACCACGCCCCCUCCAGCACAAGCACAAAAGACCCAGGCAAUUGUUCAGGCCCCGCCUGCUCCGGCCCCACCCACUCAGACCCAAUAUGUUACAGCUGAGAUUCAGAGCUCACCUACGCAGUCCAGUAACGUCCAGAACACACCACAGUACAUAGUUGUCACAGUUACAGAGGGUUCUCUUCAUUCAAAUGACUCUGUGUCUGACUCCAGUCCUCCUGCAGCUGUAGUCCAGACUGGAGUUCCCACACAGGUGGUGCAGCAGGUGCAGACUGCCCAACAGAGGUCAGUGGUUCAGGCAACAUCUCAGGCAACAAAAACAGAGCCGAGCACCCAGCUGAAUGUCACCAGCCUACAAUCUGUGCACCUGACACAGGAGGUACAGCAGCAGCUCCAACAGGUCCCAGUCCAGCAUGUGUACUCUAACCAGGUGCAGUAUGUGGAAGGAGGAGACACAAACUACACCACCAGCACCAUACGUUCCAGCAGUUUCUCCUACACAGACGCCCCUCUGUACACCCAGACCACUGCUGGACAGUACUACGAGACCACCCCUGCCUCUGGAUCUGAGGCCACAUCCCCCGGCACCCCCUUAACUGUCUCCGUGACCACUGGAUCGCCCGGGGUGUCCAUGUUUGUGGCGGGAACGGGGCAGAUUGUGGCCAAUCCCACUUCAGCUGCUGGGGGCGGAGUCACAGCUGUAGUGGCAACUGCGGGGGCGGCGGCUAACGGUUCUGAUUCUGGAGGGGAGGCUAACGGUAGCAGCGGGAGUUACGUGAUUCAGGGCGGCUACAUGCUCGCCAGCAGCGGGAGCGGAAACGGACACGGUUAUACGCACCCCACCCGCGCCUCUCCUUCCACCGUGAGUAUAAACGAAGGCGAGGACAAUAGCGUGCCGUCGGCAGACAAAAAGCUGUCCUCUGGCCCUCAGGUGCAGUGGUUAUUGGAUAAUUAUGAGACCGCAGAAGGGGUGAGUUUGCCCCGAUCCACACUCUACUGCCACUACCUGCUGCACUGUCAGGAACAGAAACUGGAGCCCGUGAACGCAGCGUCCUUCGGGAAACUCAUCCGCUCUGUGUUCAUGGGGCUGAGGACCAGACGCCUGGGCACAAGAGGGAAUUCCAAAUAUCACUACUAUGGACUGCGGAUCAAAGCCAACUCGUCUCUACUCCGACUGAUGGAGGACCAGCAACACCUGGCCAUGAGACAGCAGCCCUUCUCCCAGAAACAGAGGUUGAAGCCGGUACAGAAGGUGGAGGGAAUCACUAACAGUAUGUCGUCCGGAUCUGGACAGCAACAGCAGCAGCAGCAGAGUUCAGGUCUGUCGGACAUCAGCACACAGGUGCAACAGUACCAGCAGUUUUUGGAUGCGUCCCGGGCCCUUCCAGAGUUCCCUGAUGUCGACCUACAGGGUAAAGCAUUGCCAGAGGGCAUUGAGCUGGAACAUCUUAAGAGCUUUCAGCUACUCUACAGAGAACACUGCGAGGCCAUUCUGGAUGUGAUGGUCAACCUGCAGUUCCCUUUGGUGGAAACGCUCUGGAAAACAUUUUGGAGGUUCAGUGAAAGCCAGGCAGGAGAUGCAGCAUUAUCUGUACAUGAUGAGUCAGAGAAGCGACUGCCCAAGUCAUGUCUAGUGCUGCUGUGUAAAUAUGAUCCAGUGCUUCGCUGGAGCCGUGACUGCGACAACACACUGUACCAGGGCCUAGUGGAGAUGCUCAUCCCAGACGUUCUGAGACCCAUUCCCAGUGCCUUAACACAAGCCAUCCGAAACUUUGCCAAGAGUCUGGAGAGUUGGUUGACUAACGCCAUGAUGAACAUUCCUGAAGAGAUGGUUCGUGUCAAGGUGACAUCUGCGAGCGCGUUUGCUCAGACCCUGCGCAGAUACACCUCUCUAAACCACCUGGCCCAGGCAGCUCGUGCCGUCCUGCAAAACACUGCGCAGAUCAACCAGAUGCUCAGUGACCUCAACAGAGUGGACUUUGCCAACGUGCAGGAACAGGCCUCAUGGGUGUGCCGAUGUGAAGAUCGGGUGGUGCAGCGGUUGGAGCAGGACUUUAAACUGACUCUCCAGCAACAGAACUCUCUGGAACAGUGGGCCGCCUGGCUGGAUGGUGUGGUUUCACAGGUCUUAAAGCCGUACCAGUCCAGUUCUGCCUUCCCUAAAGCAGCUAAACUCUUCCUGCUGAAGUGGAGCUUUUACAGUUCAAUGGUGAUCAGAGAUCUGACUCUGCGCAGUGCAGCCAGCUUUGGCUCUUUUCACCUCAUCCGUCUGCUCUAUGAUGAAUACAUGUAUUAUCUGAUAGAACACAGAGUCGCACAGGCCAAGGGUGAAACGCCGAUCGCUGUCAUGGGAGAGUUUGCAACUCUUGGCAGAAGUUUGAAUCCACUGGAUCCUGAUAAAGAAGAGGAAGAGGAGGAAGAAGAAGAGAGUGAGGAUGAGUGUCAAGAGUUAUCUCUGCAGUCUGAUGGGGGUACUAUUGGUGACGAAUCUCUGGAACCGCCUGCCAAACUGGCGCGAACCGACCAGAGGGUGCUGUUCAGCACAGGAACAAUGGAGAACUGAGAACUUAAAUACACACAUGCUUAUAUAAACCACACACACACACACACACCACUUAUUUACAUACAAACACUCCCUGCACAAUAAUCACCCAUCAUUUGUGCACUUAAAACCAACACAUGCAUCUCUAAAGAAUAAAUGCUGCAACUUACACAUUUACACAACAGUUUGGAUGUUCGUACAUACAUUUCCUGCCUGUCUCGAGCACAUACAUUUAUACCAACUUUCACUGUAACACAGAGUCACAGAUGAAGCUGCCCCUUGUUUGGAGACUCACACAUUCAUAACAUGAACACAAUCACCUGCAACUGUAUCAUAUCGAGAUCUUAGGGUCAGGAGGACUAAACUUACUCAGUUCUCCCAUAGUGUAUUUGUGUGCGAGUAUCUAUCACUAAAAAUAGCUCGAAUAAUCUGAUUCUGAUAGCUGCAUAGAAGUGUAGAUUUGAACUCUGAUUGGCUAUAUCUUGAAUUAAAGGGAUAGUUCACCCCAAAAAAUAUAAAAAUUCUGGGUAAGAAAUGACUUUUUGGGUAAUCUAUUCCUUUAAGUUCAGUUUACUUACCCCAUUGGUACAGUUUUUCUUUCUUUCUUGUUUUAAGCAUAAACCUUACUAAAUUCUAUCAAGUUUUAUACUUAAAACAUGAAAAAACAAUUUGCCAAUGAGGUUCACAGUAGAAACUUAAUUCAAGACAUAUUCUCUAUAAGUGAACUCUUAAUAUCGUACGCAAUUUAGCUUCUCGUGUACAUUUAUGGUAUCACCUGAAAACAAAAGACAAAAAUACUGAUUAAGAAAAUGAUUCUUUUUGCAUUAUCUUUUCUGAAAUUGGCGGUCAAAUUCCAGCAGCCUAUAAUGGCGAGAGUAAAUGUGUAGGGAGAUUUCAAUUGACUGUAAGUGUGCGUUUGUGUGUUGACAUACAUAUUCUGCCUAUCCGUGUGUUGUUUGUGUGUUGGUGAGUGACCUGGGACCUUAUCGUUUUUAUUGGCUAGAAUGUAAGUGCGUUUUUGUGCCUGUGUGAAUGACCAUUGUGGUUCGAGAAGUGUUGAUAGUUUUUCUGUCAGUGGUAUUUUUAGUUUUCAAUGCCUUCAGCGACUGCCAUGCAAUUUACUGUUUGUAGCAUUUUAUAGCCCAGUUCUUAAAAAAACAACGUUUUUAGGGCUAGUAUAUACAUAACUCCAUGAUGCAAAGCAGUUUGUCAUUUAGCACUACUCUGGUCUUCAUUCCUUCAUGAAGAAGCCAGAAAGAAGGAGAUUUUUUCCCUUGCAUUUCUUUUCAUUCUGAUAUGCAUUCAUUUUAUGUGGUCUUAUAACGUCUUACGGCCCUAUUUUCGUUCUUUCUUUGUUGCACUUUUUCCGUUUUGCCAUAUGUCGUCUUAAAAUUGCUACAUUAAAUGUUACUGUCCUUGCAUACUUUUGUCUAUGGUCACAAAGUGACAAUCUUUAUGUGUACAGUGUUGUCUCACACUGUUUAGUGCAUUGCAUAUUUGAUGGUUUGCUGUGUAUUUGAGAUUUUAGGUGCAGAUAUUUUACUAGAAUCCUACAAAAAGAAACUUGACGGCACUGCCUGUAUGGUCUCUUAUAACUGGAACAUUUUAAACUUAGAGCGAUCCUUAAAGUGAAAGUUUACCCAAAAAAUAAAUAAAAAUAAAAAUUGUAAUUUACUCUUCCUCAUUUUGUUCCAAUCAGUAUGACUUUCUUUCUUCCGUGGAACGCAAAAAUGGAAGUUAGACAGCAUGUUAGGGACUGACUCACAUUCUGCCUAACAUCUACUUUUGUGUUUCACGGAAGAUAGUCAUAGAGGUUCGGUAUAACUUGAAGGUGAGUAAAUGAUGGUAGAAUUUUCAUUUUUGGGUGAGCUGUCCCUUUAAGCCUUUUCCCUUAAAACAAAUCAACCCAUUUGUCUUUAUAUAACUAAGACUGAUUUGUUUGAUUCUUUUCCUGUGUUGGAACUACUUUACGAUUAAAUAAGUUUGAGAGAUCCUACAGUACAUUAAAACUACAUCCCAUUCCGUUGGAUAUAUACUGUAUAUGAACUACGAUUAUUGUGUAUUUGAAUACUGAGCAAUGGGGCAGUGCACAAAAUACUGACGGAUCUCAAACCAGCAUGUUGUUUUCUUUUCCUCUGAUUGUCUUGGUAGAUUCACAAGAUGACACAUCACAAGAUCUGUAGACCAUUUCUGUAUGACAGCCAUUUGCAUCAAAAAAAUAAUUUCCCUUUUCACUUUUUUGAAGUCAUUUCCGUUUCUUGCUUGGAAAAAAAAAAAAGAAGACAGAAAAGCAGACAAACGUGUGGCACUGUUUUGAGUAAUCUGAACCACGGGAAUGGUUGUGCCUUUGGAGUUAUCAAAUGAAAUCCAUAUGUUUUUCAUUUAAAUAUGAAUAAAUUAAUAAUUUCUGAAAUUGUGAA